AUGGCGCUGCGAACCCUCCUGCUGCUGUCAGGAGCGCUGGCCCUGACCCGGACCCGGGCGGGCUCCCACUCCCUGAGGUAUUUCUACACCUCCGUGUCCCGGCCCGACCGCGGGGAUUCCCGCUUCAUCGCCGUCGGCUACGUGGACGACACGCAGUUCGUGCGCUUCGACAGCGACGCCCCGAAUCCGAGGAAGGAGCCGCGGGCGCCGUGGGUGGAGCAGGAGGGGCCGGAGUAUUGGGAGCGGGAGACGCGGAUCUCAAAGCAGAACGCACAGACUCACCGAGGGAACCUGCGGACCCUGCGCGGCUACUACAACCAGAGCGAGGCGGGGUCUACCUGGAGGGUCAGUGCGUGGAGUGACUGCAAAGAUACCUGGAGAACGGGAAGGAGAUGCUGCAGCGCACAGGUACCUCUUGGAUCUCCCCUUGGGCUGGGGUUGUAUUCACAGCUGGCAUCCUACAAGGAGGAGGAAAGUGGGGCUGACAUCAAAGCAUACCCUCUCCCAUGGUUCCGGAGUACGUCAGGGUUUCCUGACCCUGUACGAGACUGACUCGUCCACAGGGCCCUCCCUUUUCCCUGGGACAGUUACCAGAUCCAGUCUCUCUGGAGAUGGAAGGCAUGAUCGUCUCUAGAAUAACCAUUCAGCACUUUCCUUUGACCCUGAUAGCAGCCUUGAGAACCACCUUACAGUGACUGACCUUGAUUGUUUUCUUCUAAUAGCAUGAGACGACUGCCUUAUGUGCGACUAAGUGAUACAAGACUUGUUCACACACACACUUUGUUUUCAGAAUCCCUGACUUCUCUUUUCUUUGUGUACCUGGUGUCUGUGUCUGCAUUCCUGUUAGUUCAAUGUGCAGAUGUAUGGGAAUUAGCCCACUCCUGGUCCCUCAGAAGCCCCUCCCCAGGCUGGCCUGUGUUCCCUUCCCCAGACCAACCUUGCUGAUCCAGCAGAGGUAGGACUGGGAUGUCUCCAUCCCGUCUAAAAUUCACCUUGCACUGGGCUGCACCUUCUUACUACCCUAUGAAAAUUAGAAUCUGGAUAUGAAUUUGUUUUUUCAAAUUCUUGCCACCAGGUGGGGUUGAUGGAUUAAUUAAAGGAAAGGAUUCUUUUUAUUUUUAUUUUUGUUUUUG